AUGGCGGAAAAUAGAGCAAGAGUUUUAAUUAUUGGGGGAGGGUCAGUUGGAAUUAUGGCUGCAUAUGCUUUAUAUGCCGGGGGAAAUGCAGACGUCACCGUCGUGAUGAGGUCCAAUUUCGCGCAAGUCGAGAAAACCGGCAUUAGUAUUGACUCUAUCGACCAUGGCCAUGACAUUAAAGGCUGGAGACCUGAUACUAUUCUGGACAGCGUGCCCGAUGUCGUACGCGAAAAACUACCCCUGUUUGACUUUGUUGUCGUGACCACUAAAAAUAUCCCCGACGUUUCUCCCACGGCGGAAGAGAUCGUUACGCCAGCAAUCGUAAAUGAGAAAACAGUGAUUGUAUUACUGCAGAACGGGCUGAACAUCGAGAAGCCAAUGAUCCGUCGCUUCCCCUCGAACCCAAUUCUAAGCAGUGUCUCUUAUAUCAGCGCGACUCAGCUUUCCCAUGGAAAAAUACUUCAUACUGAUCCCGAUUACCAAAGGAUAGGCCCUUUCAGCAGUUCUCUAGUUUCGCCUGAGGUUGCUGAAGAUGCGGCACGACGGUAUCUCACCGUUUACAAUCCUCACAACGCUCUCAAUGUAGUCUUUGACGACAACGUCACCCGCACUAGAUGGAGCAAACUCGUUUAUAACGCGUCGUACAACUCAGUCGCCGCUAUUCUGCGCAUGGAUACUGCACGUAUGCGCAUGAGCCAACAUAUAAUUGACGAUCUCAUUCGGCCGAUCAUGCUAGAGGUUAUAGCGGCAGCAAAUGCUUGCGGAAUUACUGAUCUACCAAAGGAUCUUCCGGACAGGGCAAUUCGGGCCGACUCGACAGAUACAGGUUUCAGGCCAAGCAUGUGCCAGGAUGCCGAUAACGGAAACUUGAUGGAGAUUGAAUAUAUCGUGGGCGAGCCCUUGCGCGAGGGCCAAUCUCGAGGAGUCCAAAUGCCGGCAUUGAAGACCAUUUAUUAUCUGCUGAAAGGCCUACAACUCCAUGCGAAAGAGGCAAGGGGCAUGUGGGAGCCAAAAUUCUGCUCAAACAACCCAUAUAAAUGA